AUGUCAAUUGAUAAUCCUGAGGAUUUACUGUUCUCUAAUCUCUUAGAGACUAAUGGUUUUUUCUCUGCCUCCCUCAUAAGCUUGUUUGGUAACAAUUUUAAUUGGAACUGUUUCGAGAAUUUAAAUAUUGAGGGUGGUUCCAAUCUUUGGGUCUGGAGAUUCCUUUCUUACAAAGUUUCUAUAGCUUCUUCAGUCUAUGAGCAUGCUUCUAGUUCAAAUAUUACUGAAACCCCUUGGCUGAGCUGGUUGAUAAUUUGGAAACUCCCUACUCUUCCGCGAGUUAAAAUUUUUCUCUUGAAGCUUGCACACAGGAGACUCUCCACGGGGGAAUACUUAUAUCAGCUCAAUAUUGGCCCUAAGAUAACUUGCCCUUUGUAUGGACUUGCUGAUGAAUCUGCUGAGCACUUGAUUUGGAAUUGUUGCAAAAUUAGACACUACUGGCAAGAUGUCUGGCUUUUAAAGAAUAUUUAUGGUAGAGAUGUUGACCUGCGUGCUAAGGCAUUUAUUGCUUUUGUGGCCUGGAUCAUCUGGAAAUCUAGAUGCAACUUAAUCUUCAAUAAUAGACCGAUCAACUUCAGUUCAAUUGUUCCUAACACGUGGAUUGUGUGCUACAACCGCUCCACAUACACCUUCAGGGAGUUCCCCAAAACUUCUCAUUUAAACAAAUCCAUAACUAUCUUCACUGAUGCUUCGUGGUGUGAGGAAUCUAGGUCUUCGAGCCUGGGUUUCAUCAUCUUAUCUAAUAUGAACCACAUUUUGAUUGCAGGUGCCAAAGAUGCAGUGACCUCUUCUCCCAUCAUGGCUAAGUUCGCAACCAUCAACCUCGCUUUGCAAUUUUGUAUUUCGAAUGGAUGGCUUCUUUCUUGCCUUUUCUGUGACUGUGCUGGUGUUGCUCAGCUCCUAAAGAAUUUCAACGUGUGUACUCCGUGGCAUAUCAAAGAUGAAUAUCAGAUACUUAAAAGGAACCUGGUUUUCUUCCCUCACCUAUAUAUUGAAUCUAUACCUAAGGAGGAAAAUGAAAUUGCGGAUGCUUUGGCAACCUUCGACAGAAAUAGCAUUCAACUAUUUUUAUUUUUUCAAGGGCUAGACCGGCCCCAAUGGCUUGACGACAUGUGCUCCUUACGACAUUUUACCUUUUAG